AUGUCAGUCACAGGCCGCAAACGCAAAUUGGACGAUGUCGACAGCGAUAGCGAGGAAGCAGAAGAUGUUCCACAAGCUCAGGUCCUGUCGCAUGCUGCAAAAAGACGGCUUCGGAAGAAAGUCAAGGUCGCGCCCGACGUGGAGCAGCCCGUAGCAAGUGAAACCACACGCCCAAAAGCUGAAAAUAGAUCUGCACAUUGUGUAUGGGUUGGAAACUUGUCAUUUAAGACGACCCCGGCCAGUCUCAAAGAGUUUUUCACGGAUGAGAAGGAGGCCAUCAUUCGCAUCCACAUGCCUACAAAGGCGUUGCAUGGAACGAAGCCAGGGCAGAAAACUGCUCGUGUAGAUAACAAGGGAUUCGCAUAUGUAGACUUUGCGACACCAGGGGCAAAGGACUCUGCAAUUGCGAGAUCCGAAGGAAUUCUUGAUGGAAGACGGUUGCUAAUCAAAGAUGGGAGCGACUUUGCCGGUCGUCCAGAGAAGGAUAGAGUAUCAAAAGCAUCGUCAGCGCCGCUGACUGGGAUGACAAAGACGGCGCGGAAGAUUCUCUCUCAGCAAAAGAACGAAGCCUGUCCUACCCUUUUCAUCGGCAAUCUCAGUUUUGAAACCAAAGAGGAGGAAAUUGCAGCUCUAUUCGGAAGGGUACACCCCAAGUUGAAGAAGGAAGGAGAGUCAAUCGAAGACAGGCUACUCAGGGUGCGGAUGGGCACGUUCGAGGACAGUGGCAAGUGUAAAGGGUUUGCCUUUGUUGACUUUAAGACGAUCCAAUUCGCCACCGAUGCCCUCGUCAAUCCGCAUAAUCACUCACUUAAUGGCCGCGCCCUGGUGGUAGAAUACGCGUCGCCAGACGCUGUCAGGCGAGGUAAAGUCGUUCACGAGAAGUCGGAAGCCGGCCUCCCAAAAAACCGCGCGGCCCGUCGACCUCAAAAGUCGGAGCGAAUUGCUGCUAAGCAGGCGAGCAGGGUGACCCAAACCGAAGCAACCCAAGAAGAGCAACCCGAGGAAAAUCCAAGCAGUCUAGAAAUAGACGAAAGGAGCCGCAGAAAGGAGAAAAGACCCGAAAAGUCUCUCAAGGAAAAAGGACGACGACCAAAACCGGGAGCGUCGCUUGCAAACGCACCACGAGAAAAUGUGGCCAUUGUGCAGAGUACAGGCAAAAAGAUUGUAUUUUAG